AUGAAAGGAUAUUACGAGACGGUUCAAUGCGAUUCAAACGGCUGCUUUUGUGUAGCUGCUCACAACGGCUUCACAGCUUUUGAUACAUACACAUCAAACAACAAGACUCAACCCAAGUGUUCAGGUAGGUUGUCACAACGCUUUGAAGAAACUAUUCGCCGAAUGGAGGUGUGCCUGAGGGAACCUUCGUCCCAAAAUGCGAUGUUAUUCUGGGCAACUACGAACCACUACAGUGUGAUGCGAAAGCGAAAGUGGUGCUACUGCGUGGAUACAAAGACUGGUGAAGAAGUUCCAAAAACACGUACGAAGAAGGAAGGGACCGACACGAUCAAGUGUGGAAAAACUAACUACACGAUUUCCCAAGAGUUCCUCUACGACUCGAACUUUGGCCAGAAGUCUUACCCAGUUUCAAAAGAGACAUGUAUGAUGGACAGAAGCAAAGGCGUGGCUUGCAAAGAAAAAAAGCCCUCAGUCAGAUACUAUUUCGACUACAGUACAUCUUCUUGUCUGGCAUUCGAAUAUCUUGGCUGUGGUGGAAACGGAAACAACUACAACGACUCCUCUACAUGCAUUCAUGAUUGUCUUCUCGGGUUUUCUGGCCCAACUCCUCCUCCAUACGUCGGUCCUAAGCUCACUGACGGAUGUCCGGUGAAUCAUAAGUGCCUCAACAAAGGAUUCAUAUCGCUGUGUUGCAACAAUCAUAACGAAGUGGAUGGCAGUGGUUGCAGCGGAAUGAAUCCACCAGCCCGACUAUCAAAUGGUGAAGCAAUAAACUGCAAUACUCCACAACUUAGCUUCCCACCUGGGUUUUCUGGCCCAACUCCUCCUCCAUACGUCGGUCCUAAGCUCACUGACGGAUGUCCGGUGAAUCAUAAGUGCCUCAACAAAGGAUUCAUAUCGCUGUGUUGCAACAAUCAUAACGAAGAUCGGUUCCAUGCGGCUUAUAAUCCAAAAUGCAAGAACGGAAAAGAGCCCUACUCGGUACCUGUGGAUUCUUGGAAAGAAGUUCGAUUUGGAAAGUCGUGCAAGGACAACUUCUGCCCCAAAGACUAUAAGUGCCAUGAUGCCGAGAUAUUUGCAUAUUGCUGCAAGAGCACUUAG